GCGUUCGGAGGCUCGCUGUGCGCAGGCGCGAACCCCUCUCAGGCCUGGAAGGCCGUGGUCUUUGUCCACUCUGGAGGCGGCGCGGGAGGACUCUAAAGGCCUAAGUCUGGAUCUAAGGCCACUAGGUAACCCCUCCUUGACCCAGCUCUAUCUCUUCCUCCCACCCCCCACGCCCGUCAGCAGCCCGACUAUACUGCCGCCAAGUCUGGACUUCAGGGCCAUCCUUCUCUUAGAGAAUGAAUGUUGACAGCUAAAGAGACGUCACUGCUGAACUCCCAACCCCAAAGAAACAUUACUGCGACAGGGUGGAGGCCACCAGCCUACCGAGUGGGGUCUAUUCCAGCAGGAAAGAAGAUUCUAGAUGCUCCUCAGAGCCCCUGAGCAGGGGCAAGAGAUUCAUAGAAGAGAACAGAUCCUGGAAUUUCGGGAGCAACUACUGACUGUUCUGCCCAGAGAGAUAAAGACUUUGAAGUCCAUCAGCAGACCCCAAAGAGGUGGUUAACUAUGGAGAAGUCAACUCAAGUGAUUGAGGAGGAAGCUCAGUCUUCUCAGGACUCUUUCCUUCCCCAAGAAAGGAAGACCCAGGAGGUAGGAACAGCUGCUCUUCGACUGACAGCCAGGUCCCAUGAAUCAGUGACAUUCAAAGAUGUGGCCAUGGACUUCACCCCAGAGGAAUGGGGGCAGCUGGACCCUGCUCAGAGGGAUGUCAUGCUGGAGAACUAUAGGAACCUGGUCUCUUUGUGGCUUCCAGUUUCCAAACCUGAUGGGAGCUCUAAUUUUGAUCAAGGAGAAAAUCAAUGGAUGAUGGAGAGAAGAGUCCCAAGAGGCACCCGUCCAGAUCAGUUGAGGAAAGUGGAAGCUCAUUGUCUGAACUGCAGGGACAAACUGAAACUGAACUACUUCUCGAUCCAGAUGCUGCAGGAAGUCUUGCCUGUGAAGAUGCAGCUGACAAGAGUCCUAAUUCAAACCCUGAUCAGUGAUUUAUGGACCCAAGAGGAAGAGAUUUUUCCUACCACUGAAGCUAGAGACUGGGAUACUAGGUCUGAGAGCAGAGAGUCAACCUCAGUACAGGAAAUUUCUGAAGAGGAAUCAUCACAAGGGAUGAUGGUAGGAAGAGUUACAGAGGAUGAUGUGUGCAACUUGGAAGAAUGUGAGGACUGGUUAGAGAGACAACAGGAAAAUGAGAGACGUUUGAGGCAAGUGAAAGUUGCCCACAGGAAAAACCUUACUAAGGAGAGAGACUUUGAAUGUAAUACAUACUGGAAAAGUUUUAAUCAGAGGUCAGUUAUUGUUAAUCAAGAGAAAAUUCCUACAGGAGAGAAAUUGGGUAACUUUGAAAGAAAGACUUUCAAACAAAACUCAAACCUAAUGAAAAAUAAGAGAAUCUACAAGGAGAAAAAACCUUGUAAGUGUAAUGAAUGUGGAGAAUCCUUCAGUUACCAUUCAGUGCUUAUUCGACAUCAAAGAAUUCAUACUGGAGAGAAACCAUAUACAUGCAAUAAUUGUGGGAAAGCCUUCAGCCACAAAGCUAACCUCAAAAAACAUUUGAAAACUCACACUAGGGCGAGACUGUAUACAUGCAACGCAUGUGGGAAAACCUUUACUGAGAGCUCAGUUUUUUCUGAACAUCAGAAAACACAUAUUGGAGAGAGACCUUACGAAUGUAAUGAAUGUGGGAAGGCUUUCAGUCGGACUUCACACCUUAUUCAGCAUAAGAUGAUUCAUACCGGAGAGAAGCCCUAUCAAUGUAAUGAAUGUGACAAAGCCUUUAUUCACUCCUCGGCUCUCAUUAAACAUCAGAGAACUCAUACUGGAGAGAAACCCUAUACAUGUAAUGAAUGUGGGAAAGCAUUCAGUCACUGCUCAUCCCUUACUAAACAUCAGAGAGUUCAUACUGGGGAGAAACCCUAUGAAUGUAAUGAAUGUGGGAAAACCUUUAGUCAGAGUACACACCUUGUUCAACAUCAGAGAAUUCAUACUGGAGAGAAACCCUAUGAAUGCAAUGAAUGUGGGAAAACCUUCAGCAGAAGUUCAAACUUUGCCAAACAUCAGAGAAUUCAUAGUGGAAAGAAACCCUAUGAAUGUAAUGAAUGUGGCAAAGCCUUCAUUCAUUCAUCAGCCCUUAUUCAGCAUCAGAAAACGCACACUGGAGAGAAACCAUAUAGAUGUAAUGAGUGUGUGAAAACUUUCAAGUGUAGUUCUUCUCUCCUUAGGCAUCAGAGACUCCAUACAGGGGAGUAGGCCUCAGAAGGUUAUAAAUGUAGGGAAACCUUAGAAUCCUCAGUAGAACUUAAGCUCCUUGGGAGCAGGGACUGUUAGUUUUUGGUCUUUAUACCUGCCAUCUAACACAGUGCCUGGAACAUAGCAGGUGCUUAAUAAAUGCUUGUGGGUUUGAA